UGUAAGGGCUUUGGUGGUGAGCUUUUUGUUAUCUCCUAUUUUCCCUUUGUUUAUCUCGGGUAUUAUUGCCAAAACCUGCUGAGGUGGGAGUGGUUGAUACUGAAGCUCGCAUGCAAAGCUGCUUCAACCAGAGUUCAUCCCCCGGCGUCCUCAACAACAACAAACUACCUGCCCGACGCCCUCUUCGAGUCGCCCAGCCGGCUUUUGAGCUAGAAUCAACGCCUUGCCCUCGCCGGUCUUGUCCAGCCCUAGCUAGCUCCGAUACAGCCCUCCUGCCCGCGCACAGUUUGAGACAGUGUGUGAUGGCGGUUGGGAAAGGCGAGGGGAAGGAGGGUGUAAAAUACAUGUCGGUGGUUGACCUCCUGGCAGGGGUGCAGAAAAGGCUGGAUCGAUCUUCUACAGGUUGUCACAAGCAGGACAUGAAAGCAUGGCGUGGUGACUCAAUAUUAACCUCGGUGCGGAUCACGUUUGUAAGAGGUACGAUUAUGCUAUGGGGGUAUCCUGAUCCUUUUCAAUACACAAUAACAAACAGAAUGAUCGUUCGAACGCCGCCGUCCUAGCUGAACCUACACCACGUGGCAAUUCCCACACGCCAUUGCUAUCGAAGACAUGGAAUAGUGA